GUAUAGUGGAAAAGGCAAAGCGAACUUUGUUGAAGUGACAAAUCCAAGCGCAGCCCAUUGCGUCUCACCAUCUUUCUGAAACGAAGGGCAAGGCGGCGAGUGACUGAACCCCAAUAAAUAUUCCCGUCUCUCGCGCUUUCCCUCUCGCGGACACCCACAAUGGACGAUCUGAAGUCUAGUUUUGUGGAGCAGUACACUCACAUUAAGCAUGAGCUUCUAUCUGAUCCUGCUUUCGAUUCCACGGACAGUUCUCGCAAAUGGGUGGAGCGGAUGUUGGACUACACUGUGCCGGGAGGGAAACUGAAUAGAGGGCUUUCGGUUGUAGACAGCUACAAGUUGCUCAAAGAAGGAAAAGAACUAACCACUGAAGAAAUAACCCUUUCAUGUUCACUUGGUUGGUGUAUUGAAUGGCUUCAAGCAUAUUUCCUUGUUCUCGAUGACAUUAUGGAUAACUCUCAAACACGCCGAAGCCAACCUUGUUGGUACAAAUUGCCUGAGGUUGGUAUGAUUGCUGUAAAUGAUGGCAUAAUGCUACGCAACCACAUCCCAAGAAUUCUCAAGAUGCGUUUCAGGGAUAAGCCAUAUUAUGUGGAUCUGCUGGAUUUAUUUAAUGAGGUGGAAUUCCAGACAACCUGUGGACAGAUGAUAGAUUUGAUCACCACGCUUGAAGGAGAGAAGGAUCUUUCAAAGUACUCACUGCCUAUCCAUCGUCGCAUCGUUCAGUACAAAACCGCUUAUUACUCAUUUUACCUUCCGGUUGCAUGUGCUUUGCUUAUGUUUGGUGAGAAUUUGGACAAUCAUGCAGAGGUUAAGAAUAUUCUUGUUGAAAUGGGAAUCUACUUCCAAGUACAGGAUGAUUAUCUGGAUUGUUUUGGUGAUCCUGAAGUGAUUGGUAAAAUUGGGACAGAUAUUGAAGAUUUUAAGUGCUCUUGGUUGGUUGUAAAAGCACUGGAAAGCUGUAACGAGGAGCAAAAGAAAUUAUUACGUGAGAACUAUGGCAAAGCCGAUCAAGCCAAUGUUGCAAAAGUGAAGGAACUUUAUAAAGAGCUCGAUAUCGAGGGUGCAUUUUUGGAAUAUGAGAGCAGUAGCUAUAAGAAGCUAACCAGCGCGAUUGAAGCUCAGCCAAGUAAAGCAGUACAAGCUGUGCUGAAAUCAUUUUUGGGGAAGAUAUACAAGCGGCAGAAGUAGAAACGCCAAAAACUGAAGAGGGCUGGAUUAAGUUGGAAUGAUUCUGCUAAUUAUGUGUACAUGCUCUCUUUAGGAAUAAAGAGUACCUGUAUUUUAUUUAGAACGUUUAGUUUCUGGUGGUCUUGCUCUGGCUUCCAAGUUUUCCAAAUUUUCUAUAUGUCCGCUAAUUAUGCAUACGCUCUUAAAUUGAUUGCCUUAGUUUCAAUCUGA